UCGAGGACAAAGACAGGGACCACACAGCCUCAAGUUCUCCAGCUCACACAACUCCACGAAAGACACACAUGACGGUAGGAGAUCAACCCAUACCAAACGAUCAUGAUGCCACCAUCACAGACUUAUAUGCUGCUCUAGAAAGCACAUUUCUCAGAUCUGUCUGCGUGACCACAGAGAAAAAGCCAUUGGAUAAUAAUCUGCGCGGAUCUGGAGGACACUGAAUAGGAGUAAAUAGACAAGAGGCGUAAGAAACAAACGGGGAGCGACUCAUUGAACACCGUGGUUUUCUUUGAGUGUUACGUUUCGAGUCCACACCAGGAUUUUGUUUCGUUGUAGACAAAACAUUGUGCACGGAAGGACCUGGAUUUAACGGAGGGAGAGUCGGAAAGCUCCGUUUUAUUGAGCCAUGAAGAAGAACAGUUCAACAAAGCGGGGCCCUCAGGAAGCCAAUCAACAGCCUGCGCAGCCUGACAAAACUGGAUGGAUUCGCAAGUUCUGUGGCAAAGGAAUUUUCAGGGAAAUUUGGAAAAACAGAUUUGUUAUACUGAAAGGAGACCAACUGUACAUUUCUGAAAAAGAGUUGCUUGGAGGCAUGGACGAGUUACAUGACAUGCCCUCAUCCUCGAAAACCAUGAACAAAACUACACAACGUAAAAGAAAAUAUGAUCCAGACUACAAAAUAAGGGUCAAAGAUGAGAAGAAAAUCCAGGAUGUGGUGGAUCUCACCGACUACGAGAGGUCUGAGGAACUUCGCAAGGCCAAAAGCAGGAGCAAAAAGAACCACAGCAAGUUCACGCUUCUGCGCUCACGGCAGCCAGGCAACACGGUUCCAAAUCUGGUGUUUUUGGCCGUCAGUCCAGAAGAGAAGGAGUCAUGGAUCAAUGCUUUAAAUGCAGCGAUCACCAGGGCCAAGAAUCGCAUAUUGGAUGAGGUGACGGUGGAAGAGGACAGCUUGUUGGCCCAUCCGACGCGUGACCGAGCUAAGAUACCCCACACUCGCCGUCUGCCCACCCGCGGGCACCUCAUGGCUGUGGCUUCUACCACAAACUCGGAUGGCAUGCUGACACUUGACCUCAUCCAGGAAGAAGAUGUCCCCGCAGCACAGGGUCAGGACUCUCAUGAGGAUACCCUCGAUAAAGCCGGUUCCCAGCGUACCCUAGAUUCCCAGCGCUCCAAUACAGACACCUCGAAGCUCUCAACAUGUAACGAGACCCCCGGAAAGUCCCAGAGUCUGCCGCGAAAAAGCGAGAGUGCCUUUGACUGGUCGGAAAACCAUCGGACGCCGCAGCUCCGCAAAAAAACGCCUACAUCCGAGAAGAACCGUUGCGCUUCCAUGGACGAGAUCCUCACGCACUGCGAAACACGGGCCCUUCCACACUGCUCGACUUCAGCGCCAGUGCAGCCCAUCAGCCAGCUCCAGGACCUCAUCACCCAGAAGCUGGAGAGAACGCAAGAAUUGCUGACAGAGGUGCGGGCACAGGGCAAGGGGAAGGGAUCGCCGUCUGGAAAGAGCUCCAGCCCAGAGGGUCAACGGAUGGAGGCGGAGCGGCUUCUGGAGGAAGCAGCGUCCACUUGGGGGCAGGCUCGUGACGUACUGGAAGAAGUGAAAGAACUCAGAGCUUUAUACAAGCAGCUUGACUCUGCCUCUUCCGCCACGCCCGGUCCUUCACAGAACGGCAAACUGAACAGCCCUCAACAAGAAAACCACCGGAAAAGCAUGAUGUGACGACACAGAAAGUCCUCUACGGUUUAAUGGCGUCGUUUUUCAACGGACUCUUCCUGUUGACUGCUUUAGUAUUGCUGGAAUCAAAUAACAUGAGCUAUACGUGUAUGUAUGAAUUGUUAAAGAGCUUCCUAAUAUCGGCGUCAGAGCAAAAAUACGAUGGACCGGUGGUUUUACCAAACACAAUCUGUUGCGCUGUACCCUGCGGUAUCAUUUUUCACAGUGAUGUCAACAGGGACAGUAAAAGCACGGAGGCACCGAGUGGCCCAUCAGCGUAAGACGGUGAGAAACACCACAUGGCGGUGAUGUUGUUGUCAUCCUCAGCCUAUCACAAUGUGAAUGUUUUCCUUCUGUUUCAUAAUACACUGGAGGAGCUUUGUUUCAGAAUGGUCACAGACCCCGAGGUCUAUUUUACUCCCUGGGUCAUUUUUGUAUGUAAUAAUAAUAAUAAUAAUUCCCAGCACACUUGCUCUGCUGUUAACAAAAACAAAGCUCAUAAUAAGAUGCAAUCAGGGUGCAGCCAAAGGCUAUUGGCGGAAAGCUCACGGAUAAUGGAGCAUGUGCUGUGUCCGGCAAUGCUCUGUAUCCCAUCAGAUGGGCUCUAAUUGUGAACAAAGCCAUGAACAUUAACACAGAUGACGUCUGGUGCCAGAGUUGCUGCGGAAAGUGGAGGAAGAAACAGCUGCCAUUAAAGACGAGACUCCAUGCAGUAAAGGAAACGAUUAAUAAUAAUUACACAUUUGCACUAUGGAGAAUGCUGUAAAACGAGAGUGACACUGGCAAGCUAUCUUUUCAAACCUAAGAGGCAGAACAGACAAUCUACUGUAGGCAGGGAAAUAUGGGUUGUGUAGCUCUAAGUCUUUACACCUAAGUGGUAUUUCCGAAAAUGUUGGUAUCUUUCAAAAUCAAAAGCUGCCUUAGCGUAUUUUCAUAAGGGCACAUGCAAACUGCAUCUCAAACUCUUCAAAGACUCUGAACGCUUGUAUAUUUUAAUUUUUCGAAAAGUUCGCCUACAAGUUGCCUGCACCUCAAGAGAAGCUUUUGAAGCAUGAUUUUGUUUUGCUUUGCAGGAUUUUUGUCUUUGGGGAACUAUGCAAGGUUGCAUGGGUGAAUCUCACAAAACCAGUCAAGAUGUCAUGUGUCAUAUUUCACCCCAAAAUUUCUUUGAAAGAAACAAGAUGUUAUAUUUUGCUUAAAGAAAAUUAAGCUUAUUUUUGACAAUGAAGCACAUAUCCCCACCCCAAUUGACCGUUCGCAAAGACCCGCCCCCUUUAGUUACUAUUGCUAUGUCCGACAAGCCAUGCCGCUCUCACACCACACAUUGUGUUCUCACGCAGUGAAAAAUACAUCGCGGAGCAAACAGGACACUGACAAAGCAUCAACAGACAAAACAGAGCAGGUUAUUUUUGAUAUGAAACAAGGUCUCAAAUUUCAAAUUUUGUCAUUAUUAAGGAAAUUUAAACAAUAAAUACCGUUUUGUGGCUCUUUAAUGUGUUGUGACGGAUCGCUGUAGUGCCUCAGUUCAAGCG